AAUUUAUCGUCUUUGUCUCUCAAUUCUAAUUCCUUGAUCUUUCUACUCCUUUUCUCACUAAUUCCUUUUCGCCCAUUUAAUCCUUCUUUUCCAACUUUUUUUUUCAUGAAAUUGGAACGAUAAUUGAAUCGAGUAUAUAGUCGGUUAAAUUUUCAAAAUUUCAAUUUCUUUAUACUGAUUUCCCCAAAUUUUGUUCAUUCACUGCUGAUCUGCUGUAGUGCUGUGUGUUGCUGUGGUGAUAAAUUAUUGGUUGUGUGAUUGGAAAAUAUUAAUUGGAAAAAUGAAAUUAUUGAUUACAAAAAUUGGUAAUCCGUAAAUUGGCAAGUUGAUUAGUCAUUUAGUUGGGAAAAUGCAGUUGAUUGAUGUGAAAGUACUGAUUACAAGUGGAAUAAUGAAAUUACUGAUUAUUUAAAUUGGCAGAAACUAGAAAAAAAUGUAGUGGAUGUGAAGUUAUGCUUACAAGAAUUAAUAGAUUACAGUUUACAAGUUGCUUAGGUCUUGCAACUUACUGCAUCACUUUCCUUUUUUUUGUUAAAGUUAAUACUUUUGCCCAAAUGUAUGUGCUAUUAAGGGUUAGGGAAUUUUUUUGCAAAGAAAUGGUGUAAAUGGUGGUGACCUAUUACUAUAUAAGGAAAUAGGGUAAUCUUUAGGUGACAGACUUAAAUCAAAUAUGGGGCAAACAAAUAAGGAUAGAGGGAGUACUCAAUUGACGAGUGAAACAACCAUGAAAUAAAUAACCAAGUUCACGGAAUGGUGCUUAUGACCACGUUAAGUCAUGGGUGGUCGACCGACACCCCAAAUAAAAACAAAAACUAUACAAACUUGAAGUUCUUGUCAAUAUCCCUUCGCUUUACAAUUUACACUAUUAUUUUACUAAUUGACUGAACCCAACUUUAAAAUCCUGGAUCCGCCACUACUUAAUGACUGAUGAUGACAAUACAACACUACCUAACAGGAAGCCAUCGAAAUGGUCCCAACGAGACAAAUUGAUCUUGUAUUAUCGCAACAAGCUUAAAUAAUGCGGAACUUUUGCAUUAUUGUACUAUGGUUUAGAUGGAAUAAAGCAGAAAUUGCUGACUAUUAUCUUGUCCAUUCACAUCCUCUGGUCAUUGGUUCUACAGUUGUACACAUGCGGUAGUCGGUAUGUGGUUAGUCCUUUCCAUGUUUCUCAUACAUUGUUCUAGUAUUAAGUUAGUACCCAAUUGACGAGUGAAACAACCAGGAAAGAAAUAUCCAAGUUCACCAUGCUUAUGACCAGUGGGCCAGCCACGUUGAGUAUGGGUCCACCGAGACCCCAAAUAAAAACAAAAACUUCAUAAAACUUGAUUUUCCUUCUAUGAUUUUACCCUGGCCCUAAACUGCUUAUGACUUAACAUAUAGCGAUUGAAUUGGUCCUAAUGAGACAAAUUGAUCUUGUAUUAUUGCAACAAGCUUUAAUAAUGCUGAAACUUUUGCAUUAUUGUACUACUGUUUAAGUGGAAUAUAGCAGAAGUUGCUGAUAAUUAUCUUGUUCAUUCACAUCCUCUGAUUUUAAUCACACCACAAAAAAAUGGAUAUUGUUGGCACAACGCUAUGUACUGCUCAAACUCUGCUAGCAGCGCUGCAAUGUUCGGAGCUGCAAGAAAUUCUUUCAAUCUUUGGCUACAAAUCCCAACUUGAUGAUCUCCAACGCACCGUCUCUGCCAUCAAUGCUGUCCUUCUUGAUGCAGAGGCCAAGCAGGAACUCUCCCAUGAAGCAAAGCAUUGGCUGGAGGAGCUUAGAGCUGCGGUCUUUGAAGCAGAUGAUCUGUUAGACGAGUUUGUUACUCUCGCCGAGCAGAAGCAACUCAUGGAGGCUGGUGGGAGUCUCUCUAGAAAGGUGUGUCGUUUCUUUUCUGAUUCCAACCAACUAGGCGUCGCUUACAGGAUGUCUAGAGGGGUUAAGAAGAUCAAGAAGAAACUGGAUGCUAUUGCUUACAAUACUCAGUUUAGCUUUAGGCUUGAUCCCGAGCCUAUACGGAAGAUAAGGCCCGAGACCUGUUCUUAUGUGGAUGCAGGUGAGAUCAUUGGAAGAAAGGGUGACUUGGAGAACAUUGUUGGUAUGAUGCUCGAUUCUGACGUGCAACGCGAUGUAUCUGUUCUCACGAUUGUGGGAAUUGGCGGGUUGGGCAAAACAGCUCUUGCUCAACUUGUGCAUAACGAUCCAAGGGUUAAAACUGCUUUUCCGUUGAGGUUGUGGACUUGUGUCUCUGAUCAAGAUCAGAAGCAAUUAGAUGUAAAAGAAAUUCUUGGUAAGAUUUUGGCUUCAGCUACUGGACAAUCUCAAGGAAACUCCACCAAGGAUCAGGUACAAAAACAACUACGCGAUGCACUGGCAGGCAAGAAAUACUUGCUUGUUUUAGACGACGUAUGGUCUGAGAAGCGUGAUCAGUGGCUUGCCCUGGCAGGUUUCUUAACUGGAGGUGAACGAGGAAGCUGGAUUGUGGUAACAACGCGUUCACUAGGGACAGCUGGAAUUAUAGAUAAUGGUAUAACAUACAAGCUUCAAGGCUUGUCAGAGGAGAAUUCUUGGUGCUUAUUUGAAAGGAUGGCUUUUGGAUUACAGUCGUCUAACCCUCUUGAAGACAUGGUCAAGAUUGGACUAGAGAUUGUUAAAGGAUGUGCUCGAGUCCCUCUUGCUAUAAGAGUGGUAGGAAGUCUCUUAUAUGGUCAAGACAUGAGUAAGUGGCAAUCAUUUCGAGAUUUUGGUUUAGCCAACCUCAGAGAGAGCCAGAAUGACAUCAUGCCUGUAUUGAAGCUGAGUUAUCAUAAUCUCGAGUCUCCACUGAAAAGUUGCUUCAGUUAUUGUGCGUUGUUUCCUAAGGAUCACCGGAUAUACAAGGAUAUGGUAAUAAGCCUUUGGAUGUCACAAGGCUAUAUUAUCCCUUUCGAUGAUGGUCAAAGCAUAGAAGAUGCUGGUGAGGAAUAUAUUUCAAUUUUGUUGCGAAGAUGUUUUUUCCAAGACGUAAACAAAGACAUAAAUGGUGAUAUUUGGAGUUUUAAGAUACAUGAUCUCAUGCACGACAUUGCGCAAUCUGUAACCAAAAAAGAAAUCUGUGCAGCAAAUACCUUAGGCGGCAACAUGGAUAAUAAACUUCGUCAUCUGUCUGUUACUAGAAGCAGAAGCGGAAUUGCAGGAAACUCGUUACAUAAGAGUGAUAAGACCCAUAUUCGAACUUAUCUUUGUGUCGGCCGCUGGCGUCAAAUUGUUCCGAUGGAGAGGUUCUCCGUGGAAGCAUUAUUAGCUAAUUGCACGCGCCUAAGGGCAUUGGAUCUGACUCGUUUAUAUAUCAAAAUAUUUCCAGAAUCAAUAGGCCAACUGUUGCAUUUGAGGUAUUUAGAUCUCUCAGGGAACGGAAGGUUAGAAGUGCUUCCUAAGUCAAUUACAAAACUAUACAAUUUACAAACCUUAAUGUUAGAUAGAUGUUCUGAAUUGAAAGAGUUGCCAAAAGAUUUGAGCAGGCUGGUGAAGCUGAGGGCCUUGUCUAUGUCGGGUUGCGAUAGAAUAACUUGUAUGCCGAAGGGGAUGGGUAAAUUGACUCGCCUUCGCAGUCUAAGCAAUUUUAUAGUGGGUAGUGAAGGGAAUUGUUCAAGUUCGAAGCAGUGGUUUGAUGGGCUGAAAGAUCUAGAGGCUCUAAACAACCUGAAAGGUGAUCUUAACAUUAAAUUUCAGUGGCCUAAAAAUGCUACAAAUGUUGUUAACGUAGACAGAAGAACUGGAGGAUUAUACCUAAGGAAUAAAGAACCUCUUAAGAGCCUUUGGUUUGAUUUCUGUUACAGCAAGGUCGAUGGAGAUGUGGAUACUGAGGAAGGAAGAAGAUUAAUGGAAGAGCUGCGACCGCAUUCUAAGCUCAAGGAGCUAUUGGUGAUGAGGUACCGUGGUAUCAAAAUGCCUAGUUGGACUACUCUUCUUCCAAAUCUUGUUCAUGUUCAUCUUUUAGAUUGUGAGGAGUUGGGGUACCUUCCAUGUUUGGGAAACUUGUGCCAUCUCAAAUACCUCGCACUUGAGGGUUUGACAAAUUUAGAGUACAUAGAAAUUAGUCCAUCAGUUUUCAAUUCAACACCGGGAUUGGGGUGUGCUGAAGGCAUAUCAUUUUUUGUCUCCCUCAAAACCCUUGACUUAAGAUAUUUGCCAAAGUUUAAAGGGUGGGCAGGGGUAGGCGCGGGAGAUGAUCUUCUGUUCCUUGAUGAGUGUGAAAACAUACAAUUGCAAUUGCGACUAUGUCUUUCCCAAUUGAAGAAUCUGAUAAUAGAUCUGUGCCCGAAGUUGAUGUGUAUGCCAUCCUGUCCUGGUUUGGAGGACCUAUAUUUAGGGAAAUUCAAUAAAAGGCUGCAAAUGAUAAAAACUUGUUUCAAAAAAUAUGAGAAAUUAGGAGAGGUUCCUCGCUCGUCUGUGUUCUGUCAUGACCUAUCUUGCCCAUCUCCAUCGAAGUCAUUGUGUGAUCAUGAAAAAUCGAGUAGUAAUAGUAUUAUUGUUCCUGUUCCUACAUUAAGGAAGGUAAGUAUAGACAAUGUGGCGUGGUUAAAUUCACUGCCUAUGGAGGCUUUUCAGGGUCUUAAAAGCCUGACUAUACGCCAGGGGCAAUUAGAUGAAAGCAUUGGAGAGGCGUUGGAGAGCUUGGAAGAAGUUGAGGAUGUGUUCAGAAAUUGCUCGUCUUCUCUGCAAACAUUGGAAAUUAUUAGCUGCAACAAACUAAGGAGUAUGUCUGGAGGAUUGGAGCAUCUCAUUGCUUUAAAGGAGUUACCGAUAAUCUACUGUCCUAAUGUGAGGCUAUCAGAAGAGAGAGAGGAUGCACCAUGGCGAUCUCUUCACCACUCCCUCCGCUCCUUGAGAUUUGAGAGUCUCCCACAGCUAGCGAGUCUUCCCAAUUGGAUGCAAUCCUUGGCCGCCCUCGAAUACCUACGUAUAGACAAAUGCAAAACAAUGGAAUCAAUCCCGAAUUGGAUGUCGAAACUCACCUCUCUCAGCAGACUCGAUCUUUGGCAUUGUUCAGAAAGCCUGGAGAAAGAUGUCAAAAAGACCCCCCUGGGGAGGAUUGGCCCUACAUUCAGCACAUCAGGGACAUAAAAAAGAUCGAGGAUUGCUGCUCUUUCCUAUAAUGCAGCAUUCAGGGUGUUACGCCAGUGUUUCCAAAUGGUUAGAAUCAGUCACAUCCCAAGGGACGCGAAUCAUUCAGGUUUAUACAUGUUAGGAAUUAAACGCAACUUAAUUAAACCGAAAAGGGCUCGUGUCGGAGAUUGAAGGUGAAGUCCCACAAUUAAUUACAUGCCAAAACAGCUACCAAGGAUUGUUUCCAAUGAAAAUCUCACGUUGGAAAGCAAUUAGUUCGGUCAUCCAACAAUCUCUAGUUUAGUUUCCUAAUUUAGUGCAAAUUGUAAUUAGGAAACUAGAUAGGUUUUGGUAUGCAAUAAAUUUCUAUAAUUAUUUAGUCGGGUUUAUAGUUGCCAUAAAUGGUUUCCUGGCUUAAUGCAAAUUGUAAUUAGGAAACUAGAUAUAUUUUGGUAUGUAUUACAUACUAUAUUUAAUUAUUGAUUUAGUCGGUUUCUAGUUUA